UGCCCACCCGCGCCCUGCCGGACGCGGCCUCCUUCCCUCCCCUCGUCGCUCUCCCGCACCCUCCCGCGUCCGAACUGCCCGCGGGCUGGGUCCCCGUGGCCCGAGCCUCCCCGGCCGGGCCCCCAAACGAGGCCCAGAUGACUUCCAAGGAGGACGGCAAGGCGGCGCCGGGGGAGGAGCGGCGGCGCAGCCCGCUGGACCACCUGCCGCCGCCCGCCAACUCCAACAAGCCGCUGACGCCAUUCAGCAUUGAGGACAUCCUCAACAAGCCGUCUGUACGGAGAAGUUACUCGCUGUGCGGGGCGGCGCACCUGCUGGCCGCCGCGGACAAGCACGCGCCGGGCGGCUUGCCCCUGGCUGGCCGCGCUCUGCUCUCGCAGACCUCGCCGCUAUGCGCGCUGGAGGAGCUCGCCAGCAAGACCUUUAAGGGGCUGGAGGUCAGCGUCCUGCAGGCAGCCGAAGGCCGUGAUGGGAUGACCAUCUUUGGGCAGCGGCAGACACCCAAGAAACGGCGAAAGUCGCGCACAGCCUUCACUAACCACCAGAUCUACGAGUUGGAAAAGCGCUUCCUAUACCAGAAGUACCUGUCCCCGGCAGAUCGUGACCAAAUCGCGCAGCAGCUGGGCCUCACCAACGCACAGGUCAUCACUUGGUUCCAGAAUCGUCGUGCCAAGCUCAAACGGGACCUGGAGGAGAUGAAGGCCGACGUGGAGUCCGCCAAGAAACUGGGCCCCAGCGGGCAGAUGGACAUCGUGGCACUGGCGGAACUCGAGCAGAACUCGGAGGCCGCAGGCGGCGGUGGCGGCGGCUGUGGCAGGGCCAAGUCGAGGCCCGGUUCUCCGACGCUCCCCCCAGGCGCACCGCAGGCCCCGGGCGCCGGGCCCUUGCAGCUCUCUCCCGCUUCUCCUCUCACGGACCAGCGGGCCAGCAGCCAGGACUGCUCGGAGGAUGAGGAAGACGAAGAGAUCGACGUGGACGAUUGAGCGGCUCUCAGAAUCUUGCGCCGGCCCGGUGCCCCUAGCGCCCGCACGCUCGUCGCCUCCUGGAUCUCGGACCCGACCGCUGAGGGGAGCUGGGACCUCCUCUGCAACUCCCGCCUCCUCCCACGUCCCCGGGCGCGGACUCGGCCCCAUGGCAGCCUCCUCUUCCCUCUCGAAGCAAUAAACCCGGUCUGGCCGGCCGAGCCGGCCGCCAUACGCGGCCUCCGCCGCCUGGGAGCCCUGGCCGUGCAAUUCUGUAUGGCUUCUGUAUAUUUAGACCUGCAUAGCAGGUCCAUCCCAUUGCAGCCUGAUCUUUUUCGUUCUUUAAAAAAUAUAAAUCUCAGAGAUUUCGAUGAUUUCAAGGCUCCCGGGCUGCCGGGUUGGCCCGGGGUGAGGCAGAAUCGAGACCCGCGAACACUAACCUCGCGGUUAGAAAAGGGGGCAGCUUGGCUGUUUUGAUUUUUCUCUGCAUGUGGCGAAUGUACCGGCCCGCUCCCUCCUCAUCUCGCUAGGCCCAUCACAGUUGACUUCUUUUAUUUCCUUAUGCCUUUUUUUUUCCCUGCGUGGGAAGGGAGUGAGGGGAACAGCCGGGUCCUGACUUGCAAGUUUCAAAAUCGAUCUUUCCUUCCCCCAGCGAGAGAAGUCUGUUUUCGAUGCCAUUUCUGCCUCCCAAUGCCCACUAACAUUAUUUUUAAGAUUCCUCCAUCCCUUCCGCCUUUUCUCAGACUGACUGCUGGAGUCCGGCUCUUAGGGACAAAGCAGGGGGACAUCCAACCAACCAACCAUCGAAAACAGAACCCAAAGCCCUAGAAUUAUUUUUUACUCUUUUUAGAAUUUUUUUGCAUGUGACAGAGACAGAGAGGAGGCCGACCCAAUCCCUCACCCCCACCUCCCUUUGCAAUUCUGGGUCUGUCUUGCCAUCUUCAACGCCCUGCUCCUAGCUCAACCUGGCUAGACAAAGGUGGCCCGUUGAAGGUGGGUCUUGUAUGUCCCUUCCCUGCUCCUGCCUUGCCCUCUCCUCCCCGGACUGUACCCGAGGCCUCUUUCUCCGAUAAAUAAAGUCUUUGCCAUUUUAUUAC